AAGAAGAAGAAGAAGGCUAAAAGUUGCUUGUAAUCUCGUAUAUGGUUCCGUGCUUGAGUAAGAGAAAUUGGUAAUUUUCCCGUGUUUUUCCGUAAAAUAGGUAGGAAAUUUGUAGUGCAACAGGAUGCCUGAUCACCUGGGAGAUGAUAUGCGCAAGGUGAAAAAUGAGGAUACGGAAGAAAAGGAAAUAAAAGCCCUCGAUGAGGCCGACAUAGAGUUGCUGAAGACCUACGGCCAGGGGCAGUACCACAAGGCGAUAAAGCAAAUCGAGGAUGAUAUCCAGAAGGCGAUCAAGCAGGUGAACGAGCUGACUGGCAUCAAGGAGAGCGACACAGGACUGGCGCCCCCGGCGCUGUGGGACCUGGCAGCGGACAAGCAGACCCUGCAGAACGAGCAGCCUCUCCAAGUGGCUCGCUGCACGAAGAUCAUUAACGCGGACAGCGACGAUCCCAAGUACAUUAUCAACGUGAAGCAGUUCGCCAAGUUCGUGGUGGAUCUGGCGGACUCAGUGGCGCCCACGGACAUCGAGGAGGGCAUGCGGGUGGGCGUGGACAGGAACAAGUACCAGAUCCACAUUCCGCUGCCGCCCAAGAUUGACCCCACUGUCACGAUGAUGCAGGUGGAGGACAAGCCCGAUGUCACGUACAGCGACGUGGGUGGCUGCAAAGAGCAAAUUGAGAAACUGAGGGAAGUCGUCGAGACGCCUCUUCUCCACCCAGAGAAGUUUGUGAAUCUCGGCAUUGAGCCACCGAAGGGCGUGCUGCUGUUCGGGCCCCCCGGCACCGGGAAGACGCUCUGUGCUCGCGCGGUGGCCAAUCGCACAGACGCCUGCUUCAUCCGCGUGAUCGGAUCGGAGCUAGUGCAGAAGUAUGUGGGCGAGGGCGCCCGAAUGGUGCGGGAGCUGUUUGAGAUGGCGCGCUCCAAGAAGGCCUGUCUCAUCUUCUUCGACGAGAUCGACGCCAUCGGUGGGGCGCGCUUCGACGACGGAGCUGGCGGGGACAAUGAAGUGCAGCGCACGAUGUUGGAGCUGAUCAAUCAGCUGGAUGGCUUCGAUCCGCGCGGCAACAUUAAGGUACUCAUGGCCACCAACAGGCCAGACACCCUCGAUCCGGCACUCAUGCGUCCAGGUCGACUGGAUCGCAAAGUGGAAUUCGGACUGCCGGAUCUCGAGGGCAGGACGCACAUCUUCAAGAUCCAUGCGCGCUCCAUGUCUGUGGAGCGAGACAUCCGCUACGAUCUGUUGGCCAGACUGUGUCCCAACUCCACGGGUGCUGAGAUUAGGUCUGUGUGCACCGAGGCGGGCAUGUUCGCCAUCCGGGCGCGCCGCAAGGUGGCCACUGAGAAGGACUUCCUGGAGGCCGUGAACAAGGUCAUCAAGAGUUACGCCAAGUUCAGCGCCACACCGCGCUACAUGACCUACAAUUAACUGCUAGGCGUGUGGCUCUUGUCUUUUUUCUAAUAAUAAAAGAAAUUGAGUAUAUCUGCUAUGCGAGAUUUAGUCAUUCAUC